AUGGAGGGGAAGAAGGUGGUAGUCGUGGGCGCUGGCCCCGUCGGGUCACUGGCAGCGCUCUAUGCCUCUUCUCGUGGGGCUGUGGUCGAGAUAUACGAGCUGCGUGAUGAUCUCCGCAAUGUUGACACUACACCUCUGAAUUUCACAAAGUCCAUCAAUCUUGCCCUAUCCGAGCGGGGAAUCAACGCCAUCCGGUCAACAGGCAGUGCCGGUCUGCUCGACAAGAUCCUGGCGCGGACGAUCCGCAUGUAUGGCCGAAUGCUCCAUCUUCGUUCCUCCAGCGGCGCUUUACUUCAGCAGUCCCAAGCAUAUGAUGUUCACGAUCGGUUCCAGCGCUCCGUCGACCGCGGAGAGCUCAACAAGGUUCUCCUCGACCAUCUGGACUCGCUACCAAAUGUCAAGUUCUUCUUCCAGCACAAGAUGACAGGCGCGGAUUUCCGGAAGAAGAAAGCUUGGUUCGAGGCCACGGACAAAAACAGUACCGCUCCGUCAGACCGUCCCAAGGAGAUCGAGGUGUCCUUCGAUUUCUGCAUCGGCGCCGAUGGUGCCCAUUCUUCCACGAGGCAUCAUAUGAUGAAGUUUGCCCGCAUGGACUAUUCUCAAAUAUAUAUAGACUGCUUGUGGUGCGAGUUCACCAUGCCCCCGACCAAGGAGGGAGCCUUCGCGAUGCCCCCCACUUACUUGCAUAUCUGGCCGGCGGGCAGUUUCAUGUUCAUCGCCCUCCCCAACCUCGACAAGACUUUUGUGUGCACGCUCUUUGGCCCUGUUGAGCUAUUCACCAAACUUGAGAAUGGGACGGAUGAAGAGCUGAUCUCGACUUUCGACAAGUAUUUCCCGGGAGUCACCACAUUUAUCCCGCCUGCCGACCUGGUGGCCCAGUUCAAGCGCAACCCACACCUGCCGCUGAUCAACAUCAAGUGUUCACCCCACCAUUUCGGGGACAGUGUCGUCAUCGUGGGUGACGCUGCCAAUGCGAUGGUCCCAUUCUAUGGUCAGGGGAUGAAUGCAGGAUUGGAAUCGGUCCGUGUGUUGUUCUCCAAGCUUGACCAAACCCCGAACAGAGCGGAGGCCCUUGCUCAAUAUAGCGCCGAACGAACGGAGGAUGCGCAUGUCAUCGCAGACUUGGCAUUGGCAAAUUACAUCGAGAUGCGAUCUUCCGUUACGUCUCCUCUGUACAAACUGCGCAAGUACAUUGAGGAGAGGCUCGACAAGUAUGUCCCUAGCUUGGGUUGGGCAACCCAAUAUUCAAGAGUCAGCUUCAGCAAUAUGAGAUACAGCGAGGUCAUCAAGAGAUCAAAGAGCCAGAAGCGAAUACUCACUACGGUUCUGCUCGCUGUGACAGGAACGGGCGUGGUUGGCUCGGUGGCAGGCGUUUGGUUGUUGUGGACGAGGUUCCGGCAUCAAAAGAUGUUUGGUCUUCCGUGGUCUGGCAGGUGA